AUGUUUAAAAAAAUACUUCCAAUUACCUUAGGAUCAUUCGGUUCUUAUUUAAUAUAUGACUAUAAUUCCUAAGACCGCAUAUUAUACCGAAACCUUCGUACUUUAAAAACUGGAUUUAUUAUAUUGUACAAUUAUAAAAUAAGAUUUUCUCCCGAAAACGUAAACCAAAUCCAUGAAGAAACAGCUGCGGAAAUAUACAAUUUAUGUAAAAGCAAUGACGGAUUAUAUGUUAAAUUUGGUCAAUAAAUAGCCGCUUAAGACCAUAUUUUACCGCCUGCAUAUUUCAAAUAUUUCAGUUCAUUACAAGAUUAAGCCACAAGCGUCCCAUAUUUAGCUGUAGAGAGAAUUAUAAAGAAUGAUUUAGGCAAAAAACCUGACGAAAUAUUCUCUUAUUUCGAAAAAGAGCCUAUAGCAAGUGCCAGUAUAGCCCAAGUACACAAAGCCAGGCUCUGUUCAGGUGAAGAAGUAGCCGUAAAAGUCCAAAAGCCUAAUAUAAAAGGACAAUUUAAAAGCGAUAUGUUUAUGCACUGGCUCUUCUUAACUGUUCUCGAGAAGGCUUUUGACCUCCCCCUAAGUGCCUUCCACUAAUCAAUAGAAGAGAACCUCGGAAAGGAAAUAGAUUUCCGUAUAGAAGCCUAAAAUGCCAAAAAAUGUAGUGAAAAUUUUUUAAAACUAAACCGAAAAGAUAUUUAUGUCCCGGAAAUAUACAAAGAAUACACAACCCCAAGAAUUUUAGUAAUGGAAUGGAUAAACGGAAUAAAAAUAACUGAAGAAAAUGAGCUUAUAAAGCAAGGAUUUCAACCUAAAAAGCUCGUGUAGUCUAUAAUUGAAGGUUUUGCGGAAUAAAUCUUCAUUUCAGGCUUCACUCAUGCAGAUCCUCAUCCUGGUAAUAUUCUAAUCAGAAGAAAUCCCUUAAACAAAUCACAAGAAUAAAUAGUUUUACUAGACUACGGUUUAUGUUAUUAAACUCAGGAUUUUUUCAGAGAACAAUACUGUAUGUUUUGGAAAUAUUUAUUCCUAUAAAAUAACCAAUAACUAAGAAAUAUAGUCAAAUAAUGGGGAAUUACAGAUGAUGAGGCUUUUGCAAGUUCUCAAUUGAUGAGACCUUAUUAAAAAAAUAAGCCUAUUUUAAAGGAUAUAUCUAAGACUGAUGUUUAUAAUUUAUAAUUAAAAUUUAAAGGAGAUGUAAAAAAAAUGCUUGGAGAUACAGAAAAAUUCCCUAAAGAUCUUAUUUAUAUUAACAGAAAUAUGAAUUUAGUUAGAAGUAUUAAUAAAAGAUUGGGAUCAAAAGUUAAUAGAAUUAGUAUUAUGGCUAAAUAUUCUGUUGAGGGUUUAAAUAGUAAGUCUAAUUCUUUUAAAGCUAGAUUUAAUGUCUUUUGGUUCUAGAUGAGACUUUUAUUAUCUUAAAUGAUAUAUUAAUUGGUUUAAACAUGGUUUAAAAUUACUACAGGUAAAGGUUUUGAGGAAAUUAUUGAAGAAAAUAUUAAAUAAACUAUUAAUGAAAGAUAUUAAUAGUAUGGAAUGAUUCCUCCUGAUGAAAAUACAUUUAAUGCAUGA